AUGAAUACGACUCCCGCGCAAGCUGUCCUCCUUAACGCAGAUUUAUUACCCACAAUUUUAUCUGAUUUUGAUGAGAAUCAGGAUGAAAUGUUCCUUUACCUCUUUGUUAAUAAAACAUGGACCGCGCUGAUACGUAGACUUGUAUUUGAGCCAAUAAAGAAUAGAGAACAACCAUUAUUUGGGAAUGAUGAUCUUAAACUUUUCUCAAUAAAGUCCCAUAGAAUAACUCAUUUGACAUUAGGGCAGACAGACAACUUUUUUACGGCGGAAGCGGUGGCUGAACUUGUCAAAAACAAUCCAAAUUUAUUGGGUUUUGCAGCAACAAAACCAUGUUAUAACAUUGAAUGGUUAAAUAUAGCUCUAUCACCUAUAAUCAAUGGACAUUGUUUAAAAUUAACACAACUUGAAAUACAAAAUAUGCGACACUUUUUGAUAUUUAUGAAUUAUUGGCCGAAUGGAGAUUAUUCUGAUGACGCAGUUUCCCAAACACGUCACUUGAUUAAAGAGAUUGGUGUUAAAUGUCCCAUUUUUGCAUUAGACAUUAAUGUUCAUAUAGAUGACGAAAUGGCAGAGAUGUUAAUAGAAACAUUUAAGAAUUUAAAGAUCCUUCAUUGUGAGACAGUGUCAUGUUCAGCAUUAAAAAUUCUUUUACCUUUUUGUAAGAAGUUGAGAUGGUUAUCGGUAGCAUUUUCCGAAUAUCCUGAUAGUAAUGUUCAACGGGAGAUUGGUUCACAAUUUCCAAGUUUAGAUGCUUUGAAUUUAUUUCUCCCUCCAUAUGAUUGGGCAUCAUUUACGAAAGCUUUGGCUCCAAAUCAGACUAACCUUCGACGUAUAAACUUAUUUGGAUGUGAUUCAGUUACCGAUGAAGCAUUUUUACCGAUUGCCGAGUGUUGUCUAAGGUUGGAAUUUGUUGGCCUAAUUUGUUGUCAACAAUUAACUGAUGUGUCUGUCUCCGCUUUGGCUCGUAAUGUUAAUAAUAACCUUAAGAAUAUCAACAUGUGCAGGAUUCCAAAAUUAACAGAUGCAAGUAUAAUAGAGAUUGCUAAUAAUUGUCAUAAUUUAGUGAAAUUUGGAUUAGAUAAUUGUAGAAAGGUCACUUCACGUUCCCUAACAUUACUUGUACGUAAGUGUAAAUUCCUUACAGAGUUGAGCGGUGAUUAUCCUCGUAUCAUUGCAGCAAAGAUUGUUUCAACAUUAGCAACGCAGGGUAAUACAAAAUUACAAGUUUUGCAGAUUCAUAGUAGACAUGAUCCUGAGACAAAUACGGUUGAGGGAAAGAAAUAUCGAAGAUUUGAUUUGGGAUUGUUGGAAAAACUUGCAGAGAAAUGUCCAAAAUUGAGAGAAUUAGAACUUAAAUGUUAUAUCACAGGUUUAUAUCCGAAUUCGUUAAUAAAUGUAUUAUAUAAAUUACGUAAUUUGGAGAAAUUAUUCAUGGAACCCAAACAAAAUUUAACCCGUGAACAUAUAAUGAAAUUAGAAAAUCAUCCACGGUUAAAGGAAGUUAGAUUUGAAGGAGGAUGUAGUGAAGAUGCUAUGUUAUAUAUAAAAGAACGUAACAAAAACCGAAAAGGAAUGUUUAUACACGUAAAACCUACAUAUUAG